AUGAGUUCGAGAGAUAGAGACACAAAGUCGCUCCAGGACAAGUUGAAAGUAUUUUUCAAGAAAGGUGCAUCAGCGCCGCUGCCGCCGCGCAACGAGCUGGUGGUGACAACGGAGCUCCAGCGCGAGCUGAGCGCUGAGACGCCGCUGAACCGGCGGUUGCGGGCCAUCAAGGACGUCGGCGAAAAAGCCGUACACGCACGCGUGCAUGAGGGAGGAGUGGAAAGACUAUGGUCGUGUACCAGAGAUCUCUUAGAAGAUAGCAAUGUGGAGGCCAGACAUGCAGUUCUCUGGUUCUUGCAGAAGAUAGCUGAAGGGCAAGCAGACUACCUGCAGAUUAUGCGCACCAUCUUUUUCCGUUAUUUAAGAAAUACACAUGCCUCACACUCCCCUGAUGACACACAACUACGAUUCAAGCUACUUCACAGUCUCACAAACUCGGGCAAGAAUAUUGACUGUUUUGAGGAAGAGAUUGGUCCAUUUAUACUGGAAUGGCUGCCCACAAUACAGUCACCCACACAACUGGUGGAGUUCCUUCAACUCAUCAUCAACGUGGUGAAGUACAAUGCAACUUAUUUGGAUGAACAUAUUGUACAUGGAAUCGUUCACGACGCGUGCCAGUUGUGCGAGUGUAGCGGGGAGACAAAUGUGGUGCAGAGCGCGCUGUCGCUGCUGGAGGCGGUGGUUUCGUACUCUAUGCUGCCGCGCGGCGCGCUCCGCACCUUCGUUGAAGCACUCUGCCGCACCGUCAAUGUCGAGCAUUACUGUCAGCACAGCUGGAAGUUGAUGCGCAACGUAGUAGGAGCAGACGUGGGCCACGCGGCCUUGCAUGAGAUGGUGGAUAUUUUACGCCGGUCCGGGUCGACCGGAGCCAGCGGCAAGACAGCGGCUAUCAGAAUGACCGCGGCCAGCGGGACUAGUGGGUCCAGCGGGACGAGUGGAGCCAGCGGGACAAGCGUGCCCAGCGGGACAAGCGCGCCCAGCGGGACAAUUGUGCCCAGCGGGACAGUCGUGCCAAGCGGGACAGUCGUGCCCAGCGGGACAAGUGUGCCCAGUGGGACUAGCGUACCCAGCGGGUCGAGCGUGCCCAGCGGAAUGAGCGUGCCCAGUGGGGCGAGCGUGCCCAGCGGAACGAGCGUGCCCAGUGGGGCGAGCGUGCCCAGCGGAACGAGCGUACCCAGCGGGACGAGCGUGCCUACCGGUACCAGCGUGCCCAGCGGGACGAGCGUGGCCAGCGUAACGAGCGUGGCCAGCGGGACUAGCGGAGCCAGCGCUAUUGAGGAGAGCGACGCGGGGCUGGUGAGGGGUGCCGUCUUCUACAUCAACAUGGCGCUGUGGGGCCCGAGGAGGGUGCCCACUUUGAAAGUAUCGUUUUUAGCGGUACUACCUGCGUUCCUUAAGGCCUUGGAACGUAAUCAGCCCGUAGUAACAUACGAGGUGGUGGUGAGCGUUCAGAGCGUGGUGUCCAGGGUACCGAUGGAGCUCACUCUACCCGCUUGGGACAUUCUGCUGCCCAUCAUCGCUACUAUAGUGUACCAGGACAAAAAUUACGAUCCGCCGAACGAGUUGAUCCACACGCGGGUGCACGCGGUGAUCACCAACAUCGAGCAGCUGCACGACGCGGGCCACUAUUACGGCGACGUCAACAAGCUCCUGGACCUCAUCGACUACUGCGGACACGACCGACCCGAGUCGUCCAGCACGCGGCUGGUGUCGUGGCGCGGCGCGGCGCUGGUGCCGGGCGGCGCGGAGUGGCCCGGCGCCGCGCUGGCGCUGGCCGAGCGCUACCUGCGCCACGAGCCGCGCCGCACCGUGCGACUGCACACCCUGCACGAGAUACUCGCCUUCAUCAAGCGACACAGGUACGUGUACGGCGAGGAGCUGAUCGAGCUGGUGGGGGUGCCGGUGCUGAACACGUGCGCGACGGACGCCGACUGUGCCCUGCGCGGGGCUGCCGCGCGCGCGAUCACCGACCUGGCCAAGGGCACCAUCACCGACGUCUGCACAGACCUCAUCGACCUACUUGAAAAAAUUUUAAACCGUCCGUUCGAGAUGUACGUGACUGACGUACCGAUCCCGGCGGACGCGGACGUGAGCGAUCUGCACCUGGCCGCAGCGGGACUGCUGGAGCUGCUGCACGAUAAGUUCCUGGCGCAACCUGCCAGCCAUGCCGCGCGAUGCUUCCUCGUACUGCUCGACCAUGUCGACAACCACUACAAGAGACAUACGCUUUUUCAAUAUCACCCUGACAUACGGAUGAAGAUAUUCGAGAUGCUGUUCGGUCUCCGAGCUAACCAGUUCAACAGCGUGGGCUUCUGCUACGACAGCGCGGGCGCGGCGGUGUACGGCGCGAGCUCGCUGCGCCUGCGGCCGCUGUGCUCGCCCUACCUGCUGGCCGAGCCGCCCGCCCAGCGCGCGCACCAGCCGCCCCCCGCACCCAAGGACCCUCCUCCCGGUGCCUGUCUAUUGCCAGUCGGGCGGGCGGUUCGUGCGAUCACGACGGCUUUGGCCCGGGAGAAGGAUUGGACGGUGCUAGUGAAGUUGCUACGUGCCCUGCCCUUGUUAUUACAAGCGAGAGCGUUAGUCAUCGGAAGACGUGCCCAAGAUCUAGAUAUGCUAUCCUCUACUUUGUGUUCCAUGAUAUCAGACAGAAGCUUGAAUUUCCCGGAGUGUCUGCGAGGAGGCGGGACCGGAGGCCAGAAACCGUCGAUGUCGGAGUUUCACAGUACGGUGCUCCCGGGCCUGGCGGCCUUGGCGCCCUACCACGCGUUCCUCGAGCCGCAGACCCAGCAGCGCAUCGUGCGCUGUCUACUCAAGUACGGGAUGGUCCUCCGCACGCCGCAGCCCUAUAUCAACGCACUCACGAUCUUCACGCUAGAGACUCGCGAGACUAUGGUCAAGAUGUUACCAGAGGUCCUACUAGAUCUAUCGAAGAUAUCGGACACCAAAGCUAUUGCUAGUCCCAUGCUCGAAUUUUUAUCCACUCUGACGCGAUUACCGAAGGUAUUUGCGUCUUUCGUAGAAGACCAAUAUAUGUCAGUGUUCGCCAUCCUGCUCCCGUACACCAACCCCUCGAGGUACAACCAUUACGUUGUCUCCCUCGCACACCACGUCAUCGCGGCGUGGUUCCUCAAGUGUAGAAUGUCGUAUAGAAGAAAUUUCGUCAGGUUCAUUAUACACGGUCUACACAAUUACAUUAUAAUGCCUUUCGAGGAGCAGCUACAGUUCAGGAAUAAUUUCCAAAACUCAAAUGAAGACUCAUCGAACAGACAGCGCUCGUCCAGCUUGGGUUCUAGGGCGGUUUCGCGCGCGCCCCUGGGAGGCCGCGGAGGGGGCGCGUCGGCCUCGUCCUCAGCCUCCGCCACCUUCCACGUGGAGCUCACGGAGACCUGCCUCGACCUGCUGGCGCGCUACACCUCCACGGUCUGCAGCGUCAAGCCACAGAGAAGCGACACGGCAGAAUUUUUAUUCAAUGGUGGUCAAUCGAUGACGUGGUUAGUGGGCCAUAAACUGGUCACCAUAACGACAUCAGGAUGUCUACAGAACUCCAUCAAACAGGGACUGUGUGAGAGAUGCGCGGCGCUAUGUAAGCAGCACGCAGAGAAUGUGGCCAGCCCUCUGCCGCCCCUCACUCCGCCUAUACCAUAUCAAAACUCGAACUCCAACGGAGACAGUGAUGCCACUCCGGCACCGCAAACGCCCCAGGUCCAAGUGAAUGACGAACCAAACGACGCCCAAAUGAACUCAACCAACAACCAAUCAAAUCUACAACCGUCGCAAGCGCAGACCAACCCGCCAGAAGUGAAACGACAAAAUUCGUCGGAGAAUAACAAGACAAACGACCCGCUGGGGUCAGUGUUCAACAAGUAUGCAGAGUACUUGGAAAGGGUAUCCAAGGAAGUGGACACGGACGACGGGUCGUGGUCGCGCGUGGGGUCGCUGGCGGCGGCGGGCGCGCUCACGUGCUUCGGCGCGCACUGGGCCGAGGUGCACGUGCGCGCGCCCACCGGCGACGUGUGCUGGGUCAUGCGCAUGCAGAACCAGAUGAACUGGGACUACCUGCUGGAGUCGCCCAUGCAGGACGUGGCAUCCCUACUGUCAGCCGGCAUUAUAGGCGGAGGAGUUCAACCCCCCUCCGCGCCGCCUUCCUCUGCCUCCAGCGGCAUCGGAGACUCGCGACACGACGUGGGCUCAGACAGCGACCCUCGGUCUCGCAGCGGGUCUUCAUCGUCACAAAGUCGUCCACAACCACCUCAACAAGAUCUACACAAGUCUAGUUCCGAUUCAAUCGUAGGCACCGAGAGGAAAACCCAACACGCAGCUACGCACUGCAUAGUCCAACCGCAAAGGGUCAGCACACAGCCCAUCAACAUCCCCAGCUCCCCGCAACGUCAGAGCUCGACCAGCACCAACGACGACGACGACAUGCUGCUUAUUGUACCUGAGGGCAAGUCCCGUCACCCGGUGCGUCGCUCGAACUCGUCCCCGGAGAUGUCGUCGUCGUGGAAGGCCGCCGUGGCCGCGCGGGAGCUGCCGCGUGCCGCGACCUCGCACGACCCCGACCCCGAGCCCAGGGACGACCUCAGCCUCGACCCGGACGACAUGAUCUUGCUGCCGAGCUGCGAACCGAUGAGCUGUGCCAGCAGUACGUCCCUGACGAUGCACGCCAACAAGAAGGCGUCGAAGAAGUCUGACAUGCGCGUGUCGUGCGAGGCCAUCCCCGAGGAGAUGUCGGGCACCUCGCCGCACGCCAACCACCCACACCUCAUGACCUACAACUCCGAUCCAGUUCUAAAAGCGCAUGCGUGUGCAGGCGCCAGCGCAGAGCAGGCGUCAGGUGCGCCCGCGCAGAACAACCAGCACAACCAUCACCACCAGCUGCAAAAGACGGCUAGCGAUGGGACAGUGCCAGAAGGUCGCGCCAGCAAGCCGCCCGCGGCCCCCCGCGCGGCCGCUGCGGCUCCGGGCCGGGACCGGGACGACCUUCCGCCGCUCUCCAGGUCUAAGCGGUCCAACACCAUCUCGGUCAUGAGCCCUACCCGCCGACAUAGUAUGUACGCGGGCAGGGCGGGCGCCAGCGUGGCGGCGGCGCUGGGGGCGGGCGGGGCCCCGGGGCCCGGCGCGGGCGGGGCCCCGGGGCCCAGCGCGGGCGGCGGCGGCGUCUCGCCAAGCUUCGUGUUCCUGCAGCUCUACCACAACAUGAGCACCUACCCCAUCACGCCGCCGGUGCCAGGAGAAGCCCCUACAAUACUGAACCCCCUAGCAGAGAGGCCCCUGCGGGUGACCGGUGUCCAACACGAACGCACCAUCAAGAACCUCGACCUCGUGCCGCCUGUCGAAACAUAUAAGAUCGGCGUGUUAUACGUCGGUCCAGGACAACAAGACAACGAAGUUCUAAUAUUGAAGAACGAAUAUGGCAGUGUGAGGUACUCAGAGUUCCUGACGCAGCUAGGCACGCUGGUAUCGUUGGUGGGUGGGGAGGAUGAUGAGCAUCCCAAUCUGUUCCUUAACCUGGAGAAAGGUGGCAAGGACGGACACUACACUUAUGUUUGGAACGAUGAUAUUAUGCAGGUAUUGUUCCACGUGGCCACGGCGAUGCCCACGUCGCCGAAGGACCCCACGUGCAACGAGAAGCGCAAGUACAUCGGCAACGACUACGUCUCCAUCGUCUACAACGACUCUGGCGCCGAUUUCAACAUACACACCAUUAAGGGCCAACUGAAUUUCUGCAUAGUGGUGGUGGAACCGUACGAGUUCGGCAUGAACCGCGUGCUGAUCAAGACCAAGGACGAGAGGAUCCGCACCAAGUUCCUGGCGCACGUCGACACACACUGCGUUUCCGACCACAACGUGGCGCUGCUCGCCAGACAGGUCGCCCUACAUUGUACCCUGGCGUCGCACAUCUCGCAGUCGUUGAAAAUGGGCGGCGCGCCUUACGCGUCCAACUCGCUGGAGCGCCUGCGCCUCAUCAAGCGGCUGCGCGUGCGCGUGCAGGCGGAGCGCCUGGCGCUGGCCGCGCGCGCGCCCGAGCCCUACGCGCAGGCGCCCGAGCUCGCGCACCGCGUCGCCAUGGACGACUUCAACGACUACACCUAG